AUGACGGAAGACGUGACGCCGACUCCAAUCAUUACAACUUCUAUUGAUCAACCACUAGGUGAUAUUGUUGAAAAUUGGACACCUCGUCUUCAUCCUCUUGCUAAUCCACAAUAUCACAUUCUUCAAGGUCAAUAUUGUCGACUUGAAUUACUUAAUUCAAAAACUAAUAAUAAAACUAUUCAACAACUUUAUGACGCAUUUAAACCAACGGAACAAACUCAUUUUUUUUAUUUACCAUAUGGACCAUUUAAAACAAUUGAUGAAUUUAAAGAUUUUAUAAAUUUGAGAGAAAGUGCUACUAUUCUCUAUAGUAUUAUAGUUAAUGAUAUAGCUGUUGGAUUUAUUGCUUUUCUAAGAGUCAAUCAAGAACAUGGUACAAUUGAACUAGGAAGUUUAAAUUUUAGUGCACAAUUAUCACGGACUCGUUCAGCUACAGAAGCAAAUUAUUUAUUAUUACAAUAUGCAUUUGAUAUAUUAGGUUAUAGAAGAGUAGAAUGGAAAUGUAAUGCAUUGAACGCCAAAUCUCGACGAGCAGCAUUACGAUUAGGUUUUCAAUAUGAAGGUACAUGGAUCAAAUCAGCCGUAAUGAAAGGUCAUUCAAGAGAUAAUGCAUGGUUUAGUAUUGUCGACAAUGAAUGGGUACAAUUAAAACAAGAAUUUCAACGUUGGUUGAAUCCAACAAAUUUCGAUAGCAAUGGACAACAAUUAACAAAACUUAAUGCAGAACAAAUCAAUCCACGUAGUAAUAAAGAAAUGGAUAACAUCUAUUAG